AUGGCUGAUAUUGAGGGCAUGUUUUCUCAAGUCCUUGUGCCAAGAGAGGACAGAGACCUGCUGAGGCUGUUGUGGUGGCAAGAUGGUGAUGUGACUAAACCACUGACAGAUUACCGCAUGAAAGUACAUGUCUUUGGAGCAGUUUCUUCUCCUUCAUGUGCAAACUACGCCUUGAAGAGAACGGCAGAUGACCAAGCAAAAACCUUUGGCAAAGAAGUAGCCCAAGUAAUUCAACGCAACUUCUACGUCGAUGAUUGCUUGUGUUCGACACCCACGGUGCCAGAGGCAGUGAAGAUGGUGGAAGAUUUAACGGAAAGCUGUAAAAGAGGAGGCUUCCAUCUAACAAAGUGGGUGAGCAAUGAAAGAAAAGUUUUGGAGAACAUCCCAGAAGAUGAGCGUGCUAAGGGUGUCUGA